AUGGACUCCCCUAUUCUGUCCAGCCCUACGAAAAUACUCCACCCACUGUCGCCUGAGCGGAUGAAUCAACAACAGACCAUUCCUAGCUCACCAUCGCGGCAAUCGGAUAUCCUGGAUAUACAGCAACGAAAGAAGACAAGGGGGAUGUCCGACGUUCAGGCAAGAGUAGCGUACUUGAACAAUCUGUCUCGUGGAAACAGCCCGGCAAAUACACCACAGCCAUCAACAUCAUCUGGUACUUCGGCAGCGCUUCAGAGAGCACUACUCGGUCGCGAAGAGGCAGAAUCUGCUCUAGCUAGUGUCUCCGCUCAGCUUUCCGAGGCACAAUCACGAGAACGUCGCAUAAGCGAGCGACUCGAAUCAUUGCUAGAAGAACUUCAAGCAGCCAAAGAACGACAGGCGCACGAACGAUCAGUCUUUGAAAAAGAGAUUAGGAAGGCAAGGAAAGAGGCUUUUCGCGCGGGAUCCGCUCUGGUAAAAUUGCAGGAGGAGCUGAAACACGCAAGGUCGGAAACCAAAGGAUUGAAAGAGGACGUUCUCUGCGAGCGAGCAGCGAAGGAGCAAGCAAAGCAAGAGGCAUUUGAGCGAGCAUACGCGCUUGCUGGCUUGACUGAAGAGCUGGAAGUUCUUAAAGGACGCUUGCGCAAUGUUGAAGCCAAUCGUCGCUCAGACAGCCUUGAGGCCCGAGCAAAAGAAAUGGGUAACGACAAUAUCGGAAGACUGUCGCUGGCGGAAGGAGAUCUCGCAUUUAUGCUCACCCCGGCACCUCGCAGACCAAAACGGCCUGCCGAGGAUUCGACGCACUCACCGCUUGUGGAAUCUACAGAUCAGGCCACCGCGCACGACACUCCUCCAAAGAGACUAAGACUUUCGGAUGUGACACCUCGGCAAGGUGAUCAAAAUACACUAUCCACAAACACUAAGCAAGAGAUAAUCGAUGACCUGGAAGAAGCGCUCAAGCAUGAGAGAAAAAUGAGACUCGAUGCCGAGGACAUGAUUGAGUUUUUGAGAAUGGAAUGUGAAUUCAAACGAUGCUCCUGCAGGCUUGCAGAAGAAGAGGAACAGACCAAUCAAGUCCAUGCGGCAACCCGCGAAGAUGUCGUAGCGCAAGACAAGAUUGAAAACAUCAUCGAAGAAGACCGCCAUGACAUCCGUGGCCCUAAAGCCCAACAUCAUUCACACUUUGGCAACCCGUCGCAGGGGUCUGGGCCUACGGAGCAGGCAAGGCCUCAAGAAGAACCAGAGGAACUCUUGAUAACUUUCUCGCCCGUGACGGGAACUUUCAAAUCAGUCCCGUCUCCAGUUCGAUCGCCUCCUAAGCAACCCCAAGGCACAGCUUUAAGCGGGCUCGAAUCGUCGAUCUCCCGCGAAAGCCUGUCAGCGCAGCAGUUGCUCGUUAGUCCUUUCGAAGAAAGGCAUGUUAAUCGGCACGAGACGUCCUUUGAGCCCAUGGUGCAAGUUAAAGAAGACUCAGUCCAACCUUUCGCUCCUGGUCUCCAACCAUCGCCAACUCAUAUCAGAGUCCCUUGGGAUUCUCCUUCGCCACCGUACAGCAUUGAAGAUAAUCGCAAUGCGCCUACAGAAUCAGAUGGUGCGCUCGCUCCUCAUUCUGUUCCCCUGCCUGGAACGUCCAUCGAUAGAGAACAAGCUCUAGCGCAAAUUCGAGCACGAAGAGGGAAGACUAAUACAGUGAAAAGAUCCGUCAGUGCAAAUGAGGCCACCCUUCACUCCGGAGGAGGGGGUGUCACACCGGGUCGGGGUGCGCAAAGAAUCCCUGCCGUUCAGAACUCGGCAGUGAGAACUGACGGGGAUAAGGCUGUCCGACGAGAUCUAAGCGCUCCGGUCAGGAUGUUCCGCCGGUAA